AUGAGUCGCGAAAAGAUCCCGCUCCUCCCGAAGGAAAAUCACAGCGGACUGUCUUUACUUUUCGCCACCUUGUGCAUCGUUGACAUUUUUGGUGUUUUUCCCGUGAUCGCCUUACCCAGAGCAAUUGUUUUGUGUGGAUCGCUUGGAAUCCCGUUAGUUCUUGUAGUUUUUGGACUACAAAUUUACACGGCAUCAUUGCUUGGAAAAUCAUGGAACAUCGCGACAACGAUCGAUCCUCACAUUUUUCGAAAGAAUCGUUAUCCUUUGGCCGCUGUAACAGAACUGACGUUAGGUCGAUGGGCAAGUAAAUGUGUUACAAUACUGCUUGACGCGACAAUUUUUGGAGGUGGAAUACCUAAUUUACUGGUAGCAUCGCAAAACUUGCAACUUUUCGGAUUAAAAGUAUCCGAGCAACAAUUCAAUUUGUCCUUCUGUUACUGGCUACUCGUUGUCGGAUUACUACUGUGUCCAAUCAUGUGGCUUGGGAGUCCGCGAGACAUGAAGUGGCUCGUUACGUUUUCAACGUGUAUCGUAAUAACUACCGCGAUCCUCAUCUGGUUUUCUAUUGUGCAAGACCAGAGGGAUAUGGCCUAUUCGCCGAUUACAAUGUCUCCGCCGUGGGAGAGAUUCAUUUCAGGAUACGGCAUGCUGGCUUUUCAAUUCGACGUUCAUCCGACUCUGAUGACAGUCCAGGUCGACAUGAAAAAGCACAAAGACAUUAACAAAGCAGUAAUAUCUGCCUUUUCCCUGAGCGGACUGUUGUUCGUGAUAACGGCUGGCUUGGCGGUGUGGCGCUACGGCAGUAAUACAUCUGCCAAUAUUUUUCAAGCAGUUCCAUCAGUCGCGAGUACCCACAUCGCCGUUUUAUUGGCUUCAUUGCAGCUUUGCCUGUCAAGUGCUAUUGGUCAUUCGGCACUUUUUCAACAUCUCGAAGAUCAAUUGCGAGUUCAGAGAUCGUUCGGCUGGAAACGCUGCGCGAUGCGUUCAGCCGUGGUAGCCCUGGCAGUAGCGGUAGGUGAAUCGGUGCCCCGCUUCGAUGUGGUGAUGUCAUUGAUCGGUGGUACUUUGACCGGACCAUUAAUUUUCGUUCUUCCACCUCUCAUGUACUCCAAAGCGAAGGCUCUACGAACAAAAGGAUUACGACGGUCGUCUGCUCCCGAAUUUUCAUGCCGUGAUCCGGACGAAAUUAAGGAUACUCAUGCGAUUUUUACCGACUCGAAGAUGCGUUCAAAACUUUCAAACGAGACCUUUGCUGAUUCUCGAGUGCACUCCAGAUCUACUCAUUAUGGUUUUCGAGACGGGCGCGAAGAUAAAGAUGAUGGUUAUUCGUACAUUUAUUAUGGUGAAGUUGACGAUGAGGAUGAAAGCUUAGGAGAUCAUGAAGAUGAUUUUUCAAAAAGGGCAAAUAAAGUUAUAGAAAUGACGAGAAGUGGAAGCUUACCAGUUAUGAUAGAUGCAAGUAGACCCUCGUUACGACGGCAAAGAUUGCGAACAGUAUAUCUAGAUGCAAGACCUAGGAAAUUUUUUACUGUCAGCAGAUUAGUCGAUUGGUUUGGAUACAGUAUAGUCAUUGUGGGGAUACUCAUCACCAUUUCUUCAACAUAUAUCAAUGUUAAAAAUACUAUUAGAUUUGUUAAAUUUACUCCUCCAUGUAUUGCCAAUGCCUCAGCUGAUAUUUCAGGUUUAUUUUAGAGUGUUAUUAUUGAUGCAAGAAGUGCAAUGCUGUUGGGAUUAAGUUUCGCGUAUUUGUAAUUUAUAUGACGCUA